CUCUCUCCCCUUUUCCCUCCCUCCCUCCUUCCUUCCUUCAUUCCCUCCUUUCACUGAAGGAGGAGGAAGAGGAGGCGAAGGAAACAAGAGAAGGGGGAGGAGAGGAGGAAAAGAAAGGGAGAGAGAGGAAGAGAGGGAGGAAAAAGAGAGAGAAAGGAGGAAAGGAAGGCAAAGACCAAACGAGAGGAAGAAGGAGAAAGAAAGGAGGAAAGAGGGAGGAAAGGAAGGCGAAGACAGAAGGAAAGGAGGAAAGGAAGGCAAAGACAGAGGGAGAAAGAGAGAAAGGAGGAAAGAAGGAGGAAAGGAAGAGAAAGACAAGGAAAGGAGAGAAAAGAGGAGGAAGAGAGGGAGGAAAAAGAGAGAAGGAAGGAAGAAAGAGAGGGGAAAGAAAAAAAGACCAAUAGAUACAGAUAGAUACAAAGAUAGGUAAAUAAUAGAUACUAGAGAUAGAAACAUAGAGGGAUAGAUACAUAGAGAUACAAAGAUGCCAGGUUCCCCUCGGUGGCCCUCUUUCCUUAGAGGCGCCGCAUAAAAGGAGGAGGAAGAGGAAGAGGAAGGAAGAGAGGAAGGCUGGGCUCUGCCUCUGGAGGGAUGCUCGCCCCAUAGGCCCCGAUGGAGGGCGGCGGGGGCCGGGUGGAGGACCCUUCCUCUCGCCCCUCGCCAUGAGGACUCCUGGCCGCCGGGGAAGGGAGCAGCUCGCCUUCCUCCUCCUCCUCUUCCUCCUCUUCUUCCUCCUCCUCCUGGGCUUGGCGAGGGGCUCCGGCUCGGAGGCGACCCCUUGGAGCAGCCCUUCGCCUUCCCCUGCGGGGCCUCCCACCCAAGACCCGGGCCCCCAAGCCCAGCCCUCCCCCACCGCCACCCCUGGACCCACCAAGCCCGAGGAAGAAAAAGAGGAGGAAGAGAAAGGAGAGCCUUCCUCGCCUCAACCCCCCACGCCCUCAACCCCCUCUCCUCCCCAUGGAGAAGAAGAGGAGGAGGAGGAGGAGGAAGAGCCCCUGGUCCACAGCGGGACAGAUGUCUUCUGUAACUGCAGCCUGAUCGGGAGCAGAGGCCUCAGCGACUGCAAUGUGACGACUGGUCAGUGUGAUUGCCACCUGGGAUACGAGGGUCAGCUGUGCGACCAAUGCAAAGAGGACCACUUCCGGGACGGGAGCAGCGGGCAAUGCCUUGCAUGUGGCUGCCAUCCCGAGGGCUCCCUCUCGCCAUCCUGCCUCAGUUCUGGAAGAUGCCAGUGCAAAACGGGGGCCACGGGCCUGAAGUGUGCCCAGUGCCAGGAAGGGCACUCCAAGUUCAAUGGCACGACCUGCGAACCUUGCCGGUGCAACAACCACUCUGCAAAAUGUGACCCUCGGACAGGCACCUGCCUGGACUGCCAAGGCAACACCGAAGGCACCCACUGCGAGAAGUGCAAAGGGCAGUUCUACCAGAAUAACUCUCAUCCCCACGAGUGUCUCCUUUGCCCCUGCUCCACCGUGACGUCCAGCGGAAGCUGCCGGAUACUUCCCGGUGACCGUUCCCCGACUUGUGACAAGUGCCGGCCUGGCUACACCGGGCCCCUCUGCAACCAGUGUGCCAACGGCUACUACAGCUCAGACAGCAUCUGCGUCAGAUGUCACUGCAAUGGGAAUGUCGACCCGAUCCGGACGCCGAGGGUCUGCAAGGUUGAGACGGGAGAAUGCCUCGGGUGCCUCUAUCACACGGCGGGGCCUCGCUGCGAAACGUGCCAAGAAGGAUACGCCAGACUCUCGGAAGAAGGGAACUGCACCAAGAAAGAAAUCACUCCUGGCCCAGCGGUCAGAGGGCUCGUCCCUUCAGUCCCAAAUGUUAGCACUUCGACAUCUUUCCCCACAACAGCGGAGGUGGCCACCAAUGCCACGGCGACUCCGACCACAGCGCAGACGGCCUUCCCCUUUGGAUCCUCUGACAACAGCACCGCUUUGGCCGACGUCUCCUGGACCCAAUUCAAUAUCAUCAUCCUCACUGUCAUCAUCAUCCUGGUAGUUCUGUUGAUGGGCUUCGUGGGUGCCGUUUACACGUAUCGCGAGUAUCAGAACAGGAAGCUGAACGCCCCGUUCUGGACCAUCGAGCUCAAGGAGGACAACAUCAGCUUCAGCAGCUAUCACGACAGCAUCCCGAACGCCGACGUCUCUGGAUUGUUGGAGGAUGACGGGAACGAGGUGGCCCCCAACGGACAGUUGACGUUGGCGACCCCCAUGCACAACUACAAAGCUUAGCCGAGGGUUUCAAUGAAGAGACCCCUUUGAGCAAAGCAACAAAGGGCUCCUUGGCAGAUGAUCAUUUUUUCUUGAGAUGGUCAUGGGACCAACUUAGAGGUCAAGACGUUGGCCAUAAUAAGGAAGGCCUUUCGGGUCAAAUCCCAGGCGGCAUUGUGUUCAUCAUUCUCCAUCCAAACCCAUGGAUCGUUACUUGUAUUUAGGAAGUAAAAUGGAGUUGCUUUGGAGUCUAUUUUUCUACGAAACGAUGGAGUCAUACCAAGGAGUCAUCUCAUAGCAAAUCAAAAACUGCAUCAUUUUUGUAAGAUCCUGUCUUUGACAAACUUGUAGGAAAUGGACCUUUGUGUUUUUUUUUAAUCGAAAGAAGGAACCCCAAGCUUUGUUCCUUGCCUUGAAAGAGUUUUGCUAUUUAAAAAUUAAUGAAAAAUAUAUGUUUUCCAGAACGGCUAGGACUAACUGAGGAAAAGCAAUCAAAGUUUUGCCUUUGACUCUGAGAAAAGAACUCAAACUUCUUUCCCCUGAGAAAUAAGCUGUCGACAACUCAGCCCUCGACGUUUUCUGACAACUUUGUUCUAUUUAAAAUGCAGGAAUCCAUUUAUUUUCGUAGCUUUACUGAACGUGGAUUCUCCCAAAGGAUGCGAAGGAGAUGUGGCAGGCUCCUCUCUCAAGAGUCUCCCAUCCGUGGUGGAAACGGCAUGUCUUCAGAAUGUAACACAGAGAUUCCUCGGCACUGUAUUUGUAACUAUUUGUACAAAAGUAUCGCAGGCCAUAUUUUAUCUGUACAGUGGUUCAUGGCGUUGUUUAAAAACAAAACGAAACAAAAAUGAAACCGAGAAGGAGAGCGAGUAUUGUAUUAAAGCCCUGUAAAUUGAGAUGGCAAUACCGUUGGAGCUGGGUCUCCGGCAAAGGUCAGUUGCUAACGUCCCCCUCCUCUUCUGAUAAUAGGAGUGCAUUUGUGUCUUAACUUGAGCGUUUCUCUUGCUUGCUUUGUUUGAAUCUUCACAGAUUUCCCCCUCUUUCCCUCCACCAAACCUCAAAGGCACCAUUCCUCCCAGGUCGAGCGGAUUUCUCGGUGAGGCUCAGAUUGGGUUCACCAAGUGUAGGAACACUUCUCUCAACUCCAAGAAA